AUGUGGACGUGGACGUGGACGUGGGUGGACGUGGACGUGGACGUGGACGUGGACGUGGACAAGGACGUGGACGUGGACGUGGACGUGGACGUGGACGUUGACGUGGACAUGGACGUGGACGUGGACGUGGACGUGGACGUGGAAGUUGACGUGGACGUGGACGUGGACGUGGACGUGGACGUUGACGUGGACGUGGACGUGGACGUGGACGUGGACGUCGACGUGGACUUGGACGUGGACGUGGACGUGGACGUGGACUUGGACGUGGACGUGGACGUGGACGUGGACGUGGACGUGGACGUGGACGUGGACAUGGACGUGGACGUGGACGUGGACGUGGACAUGGACGUGGACGUGGACGUGGACGUGGACGUGGACGUGGACGUGGACGUGGACGUGGACGUGGACGUUGACGUGGACGUGGACGUGGACGUGGACGUGGACGUGGACGUGGAUCUGGACGUGGACGUGGACGUGGAAGUGGACAUGGACGUGAACAUGGACGUGGACAUGGACGUGGACAUGGACGUGGACGUGGACAUGGACGUGGACAUGGACAUGGACGUGGACGUGGACGGGGAUGUGGACGCGGACGUGGACGUGGACAUGGAUGUGGACGUGGACGUGGACAUGGACAUGGACGUGGACGUGGACGUGGAUGUGGACAUGGACGUGGACCUAGACGUGGACGUGGACGGGGACGUGGACGUGGACGGGGACGUGGACGGGGACGUGGACGUGGACGGGGACGUGGACGUGGACGUGGACGUGGACGGGGACGUGGACGUGGACGUGGACGUGGACGUGGACGGACAUCGACGGGGACGUGGACGCGGACGUGGACGUGGACGUGGAUGGACGCGGACGUGGACGUGGACGGGGAUGUGGACGUGGACGUGGACGUGGACAUGGACGUGGACGUGGACGUGGACAUGGACGUGGACGUGGACGUGGACAUGGUUGUGGACGUGGACGUGGAUGUGGAUGUGGUCGUGUACGUGGACGUGGACGUGGUCGUGGACGUGGACGUGGACAUGGACGUGGACAUGGACGUGGACAUGGACGUGGAGGGACGUGGACAUGGAAGUGGACAUGGACGUGGACGUGGAAGUGGACAUGGGUGGGACGUGGACGUGGACGGGGAUGUGGACGUGGACGUGGAUGUGGACGUGGACGUGGACAUGGACAUGGACGUGGACGUGGACGUGGACGCGGACGUGGACGUUGACGGGGAUGCGGACGUGGACGUGGACGGGGAUGUGGACGUGGACGUGGACGUGGGUGGACGUGGGCGUGGACAUGGACGUGGACGUGGACGUGGACAAGGACUUGGACGUGGACGUGGACGUGGACGUGGACGUUGACGUGGACGUGGACGUGGACGUGGACGUGGACGUGGACGUUGACGUGGACGUGGACGUGGACGUGGACGUGGACGUGGACUUGGACGUGGACUUGGACGUGGACGUUGAUGUGGACGUGGACGACGUGGACGUGGAAGUGGACGUGAACGUGGACGUGAACAUGGACGUGAACAUGGACGUGGACAUGGACGUGGACGUGGACAUAGACGUGGACAUGGACGUGGACGUGGACGUGGACGUGGACGUGGACAUGGAUGUGGACGUGGACAUGGAUGUGGACAUGGACGUGGAUGUGGACAUGGACGUGGACGUGGACGUGGACGUGGACGUGGACAUGGACGUGGACAUGGACGUCGACAUGGACGUGGACGUGGACAUGGACGUGGACGUGGACGUGGACAUGGACGUGGACGUGGACGUGGACAUGGACAUGGACGUGGACAUGGACGUGGACGUGGACGUGGACGUGGACGUGGACAUGGACGUGGACUUGGACGUGGACGUGGACAUGGACGUGGACGUGGACGUGGACAUGGACAUGGACGUGGACGUGGAGGACUUGGACGUGGACGUGGACGUGGACGUGGACGUGGAAUUGGACGUGGACUCGGACGUGGACGUGGACGUGGACGUGGACCUGGACGUGGACGUGGACGUGGACGUGGAUGUGGAAGUGGACGUGGACGUGGAAGUGGAUGUGGAAGUGGACGUGGACGUGGACGUGGAAGUGGACGUGGACGUGGACGUGGACGUGGACGUGGACGUGGACAUGGACGUGGACGUGGACGUGGACAUGGACGUGGACGUGGAUGUGGACGUGGACGUGGACAUGGACGUGGACGUGGACGUUGAUGUGGACGUGGACGUGGACGUGGACGUGGACGUGGACUUGGACGUGGACGUGGACGUGGACCUGGACGUGGACGUGGACGUGGAAGUGGACGUGAACGUGGACGUGAACAUGGACGUGAACAUGGACGUGGACAUGGACGUGGACGUGGACAUAGACAUGGACAUUGACGUGGACGUGGACGUGGACGUGGACGUGGACGUGGACAUGGAUGUGGACGUGGACAUGGAUGUGGACAUGGACGUGGAUGUGGACAUGGACGUGGACGUGGACGUGGACGUGGACGUGGACGUGGACGUGGACAUGGACGUGGACAUGGACGUGGACAUGGACGUGGACAUGGACGUGGACGUGGACGUGGACGUGGACGUGGACGUGGACAUGGACAUGGACGUGGACAUGGACGUGGACAUGGACGUGGACGUGGACAUGGACGUGGACAUGGACGUGGACGUGGACGUGGACGUGGACAUGGACGUGGACUUGGACGUGGACGUGGACAUGGACACGUGGACGUGGACGUGGACAGUCGUGGACGUGGACGUGGACUUGGACGUGGACGUGGACGUGGACGUGGACUUGGACGUGGACCUGGACGUGGACGUGGAGGUGGACCUGGUCGUGGACGUGGACGUGGACGUGGACGUGGACAUGGACGUGGACGUGGACGUGGACGUGGACGUGGACAUGGUCGUGGACGUGGACGUGGACAUGGACGUGGACAGGGACGUGGACAUAGACGUGGACAUGGACGUGGACAUGGACAUGGACGUGGACAUGGACGUGGACGUGGACAUGGACUUGGACGUGGACGUUAAGAUGGACAUGGACGUGGACAUGGACGUGGACAUGGACGUGGACGUGGACGUGGAUGUGGACAUGGACGUGGACGUGGACAUGGACGUGGACAUGGACAUGGACGUGGACAUGGACGUGGACGUGGACAUGGACAUGGUCGUGGACGUGGUUAUGGACGUGGACGUGGACGUGGACGUGGACAUGGACGUGGACAUGGACGUGGACGUGGACAUGGACGUGGACGUGGACGUGGACGUGGACAUGGACGUGGACGUGGACGUGGACAUGGACGUGGACGUAGACGUGGACAUGGACAUGGACGUGGACGUGGAGGACUUGGACGUGGACAUGGACGUGGACGUGGACGUGGACGUAGACAUGGACGUGGACAUGGACGUGGACGUGGACGUGGACGUCGACAUGGACGUGGACAUGGACGUGGAUGUGGACAUGGACGUUGACAUGGACGUGGACGUGGACGUGGAUGUGGACAUGGAUGUGGACAUGGACGUGGACGUGGACGUCGACAUGGACGUGGACGUGGACGUGGACAUAGACGUGGACGUGGACGUGGACGUGGACGUGGACAUGGACGUGGACGUGGACGUGGACAUGGACGUGGACAUGGACGUGGACAUGGACGUGGACAUGGACGUGGACGUGGACAUGGACGUGUACAUGGACGUGGACGUGAACGUGGACAUGGACGUGGACGUGGACAUGGACGUAGACGUGGACGUGGACGUGGACAUGGACGUGGACGUGGACGUGGACAUGGACGUGGACGUGGACGUGGAGGACUUGGACGUGGACAUGGACGUGGACGUGGACGUGGACGUGGACGUGGACGUGCACGUGGACGUGGACAUGGACUUGGACGUGGAUGUGGACAUGGACGUGGACAUGGACGUGGACGUGGACAUGGAGGCCUUGGACGUGGACAUGGACGUGGACGUGGACGUGGACAUGGACGUGGACGUGGACAUGGACGUGGAUAUGGACGUGGAUGUGGACGUGGACGUGGACAUGGACGUGGACGUGGACGUGGACGUGGACGUGGACAUGGACGUGGACAUGGACGUGGACAUGGACGUGGACAUGGACGUGGACGUGGAUGUGGACAUGGACGUGGACGUGGACAUGGACGUGGACAUGGACAUGGACGUGGACAUGGACGUGGACGUGGACAUGGACGUGGUCGUGGACGUGGUUAUGGACGUGGACGUGGACGUGGACAUGGACGUGGACAUGGACGUGGACGUGGACAUGGACGUGGACGUGGACGUGGACGUGGACGUGGACGUGGACAUGGACGUGGACGUGGACGUGGACAUGGACGUGGACGUAGACGUGGACAUGGACAUGGACGUGGACGUGGAGGACUUGGACGUGGACAUGGACGUGGACGUGGACGUGGACGUAGACAUGGACGUGGACAUGGACGUGGACGUGGACGUGGACGUCGACAUGGACGUGGACAUGGACGUGGAUGUGGACAUGGACGUCGACAUGGACGUGGAUGUGGACAUGGAUGUGGACAUGGACGUGGACGUGGAUGUCGACAUGGACGUGGACGUGGACGUGGACAUAGACGUGGACGUGGACGUGGACGUGGACGUGGACAUGGACGUGGACGUGGACGUGGACAUGGACGUGGACAUGGACGUGGACAUGGACGUGGACAUGGACGUGGACAUGGACGUGGACGACUUGGACGUGGACAUGGAUGUGGACGUGGACGUGGACGUGGACGUGCACGUGGACGUGGACAUGGACUUGGACGUGGAUGUGGACAUGGACGUGGACGUGGACGUGGACAUAGACGUGGACGUGGACAUGGAGGCUUUGGACGUGGACAUGGACGUGAACGUGGACGUGGACGUGGACAUGGACGUGGACGUGGACAUGGACGUGGAUAUGGACGUGGAUGUGGACGUGGACGUGGACAUGGACGUGGACGUGGACGUGGACGUGGAGGACUUGGACGUGGACAUGGACGUGGACGUGGACGUGGACGUGGACGUGGAGGUGGACGUGGACGUGGACGUGGACGUGGAUAUGGACGUGGACGUGGACGUGGACGUGGACGUGGACAUGGACGUGGACAUGGACGUGGACGUGGACGUGGACGUGGACGUAGACGUGGACGUGGACGUGGACAUGGACGUGGACAUAGACAUGGACGUGGACGUGGACAUGGACAUGGACGUGGACGUCGACAUGGACGUGGACGUGGACGUGGACAUGGACGUGGACGUGGACGUGGACGUGUACGUGGACGUGGACGUGGACGUGGACAUGGACGUGGACAUGGACGUGGACAUGGACGUGGACAUGGACGUGGACAUGGACGUGGACGUGGACAUGGACGUGGACAUGGACGUGGACGUGGACGUGGACGUGGACGUGGACAUGGACGUGGACGUGGACGUGGACGUGGACAUGGACGUGGACGUGGACGUGGACAUGGACGUGGACGUGGACGUGGAGGACUUGGACGUGGACAUGGACGUGGACGUGGAGGUGGACGUGGACAUGGACUUGGAGGUGGACGUGGACAUGGACGUGGACGUGGACGUGGACAUAGACGUGGACGUGGACAUGGAGGCCUUGGACGUGGACAUGGACGUGGACGUGGACGUGGACAUGAACGUGGACGUGGACAUGGACGUGGACAUGGACGUGGAUGUGGACGUGGACGUGGACAUGGACGUGGACGUGGACGUGGACGUGGACGUGGACGUGGACAUGGACGUGGACGUGGACGUGGAGGACUUGGACGUGGACAUGGACGUGGACGUGGACGUGGAGGUGGACGUGGACGUGGACGUGGACGUGGAUAUGGACGUGGACGUGGACGUGUACGUGGACAUGGACGUGUACGUGGACAUGGACGUGGACAUGGACGUGGACGUGGACAUGGACGUGGACGUAGACAUGGACGUGGACGUGGACAUGGACGACUUGGACGUGGACAUGGAAGUGGACGUGGACGUGGACGUGGACAUGGAUGUGGACGUGGACGUGGACAUGGACGUGGACAUGGACGUGGACGUGGACGUGGACAUGGACGUGGACGUGGACGUGGACGUGGAGGACUUGGACGUGGACAUGGACGUGGACGUGGACGUGGACGUGGACGUGGACAUGGACGUGGACAUGGACGUGGACGUGGACGUGGACAUGGACGUCGACAUGGACGUGGACAUGGACGUCGACGUAGACAUGGACGUGGACGUGGACAUGGACAUGGAUGUGGACAUGGACGUGGACGUGGACGUGGACGUGGACAUGGACAUGGACGUGGACGUAGACGUGGACGUGGACGUGAACAUGGACGUGGACAUGGACGUGGACAUGGACGUGGAUGUCGACAUGGACGUGGAAGUGGACACGUGGACGUGGACGUUGACGGUCGUGGACGUGGACGUGGACUUGGACGUGGACGUGGACGUGGACGUGGACGUGGUCGUGGACGUGGACCUGGACGUGGACGUGGACGUGGACCCGGUCGUGGACGUGGACGUGGACGUGGACGUGGACAUGGUCGUGGACGUGGACGUGGACAUGGACGUGGACAGGGACGUGGACAUAGACGUGGACAUGGACGUGGACAUGGACAUGGACAUGGACAUGGACGUGGACAUGGACGUGGACGUGGACAUGGACUUGGACGUGGACGUGGACGUGGAGAUGGACAUGGACGUGGACAUGGACGUGGACAUGCAUGUGGACGUGGACGUGGACGUGGAUGUGGACAUGGACGUGGACGUGGACAUGGACGUGGACAUGGACAUGGACGUGGACAUGGACGUGGACGUGGACAUGGACGUGGUCGUGGACAUGGUUAUGGACGUGGACGUGGACGUGGACGUGGACGUGGACAUGGACGUGGACAUGGACGUGGACGUGGACAUGGACGUGGACGUGGACGUGGACGUGGACGUGGACAUGGACGUAGACGUGGACAUGGACGUGGACGUGGACGUGGAGGACUUGGACGUGGACAUGGACGUGGACGUGGACGUGGACGUAGACAUGGACGUGGACAUGGACGUGGACGUGGACGUGGACGUCGACAUGGACGUGGACAUGGACGUGGAUGUGGACAUGGACGUCGACAUGGACGUGGACGUGGACGUGGAUGUGGACAUGGAUGUGGACAUGGACGUGGACGUGGACGUCGACAUGGACGUGGACGUGGACGUGGACAUAGACGUGGACGUGGACGUGGACGUGGACAUGGACGUGGACGUGGACGUGGACAUGGACGUGGACAUGGACGUGGACAUGGACGUGGACAUGGACGUGGACGUGGACAUGGACGUGGACAUGGACGUGGACGUGGACGUGGACAUAGACGUGGACGUGGACAUGGACGUGGACGUGGACGUGGACGUGGACAUGGACGUGGACGUGGACGUGGACAUGGACGUGGACGUGGACGUGGAGGACUUGGACGUGGACAUGGACGUGGACGUGGACGUGGACGUGGACGUGGACGUGCACGUGGACGUGGACAUGGACUUGGACGUGGAUGUGGACAUGGACGUGGACGUGGACGUGGACGUGGACGUGGACGUGGACGUGGACAUGGAGGCCUUGGACGUGGACAUGGACGUGGACGUGGACGUGGACGUGGACGUGGACAUGGACGUGGAUAUGGACGUGGAUGUGGACGUGGACGUGGACAUGGACGUGGACGUGGACGUGGACGUGGACGUGGAGGACUUGGACGUGGACGUGGAGGACGUGGACGUGGACGUGGACGUGGACGUGGAGGUGGACGUGGACGUGGACGUGGACGUGGAUAUGGACGUGGACGUGGACGUGGACGUGGACGUGGACAUGGACGUGGACAUGGACAUGGACGUGGACAUGGACGUGGACGUGGACGUGGACGUGGACGUGGACAUGGACGUGGACGUGGACGUGGACGUGGACAUGGACGUGGACGUGGACAUGGACGUGGACAUGGACAUGGACAUGGACGUGGACGUGGACAUGGACAUGGACGUGGACGUCGACAUGGACGUGGACGUGGACGUGGACAUGGACGUGGACGUGGACGUGGACGUGUACGUGGACGUGGACGUGGACGUGGACAUGGACGUGGACAUGGACGUGGACAUGGACGUGGACAUGGACGUGGACAUGGACGUGGACGUGGACAUGGACGUGGACAUGGACGUGGACGUGGACGUGGACGUGGACGUGGACAUGGACGUAGACGAGGACGUGGACGUGGACAUGGACGUGGACGUGGACAUGGACGUGGACGUGGACGUGGAGGACUUGGACGUGGACAUGGACGUGGACGUGGACGUGGACGUGGACAUGGACUUGGACGUGGACGUGGACAUGGACGUGGACGUGGACGUGGACAUAGACGUGGACGUGGACAUGGAGGCCUUGGACGUGGACAUGGACGUGGACGUGGACGUGGACAUGAACGUGGACGUGGACAUGGACGUGGACAUGGACGUGGAUGUGGACGUGGACGUGGACAUGGACGUGGAUGUGGACGUGGACGUGGACGUGGACGUGGACAUGGACGUGGACGUGGACGUGGAGGACUUGGACGUGGACAUGGACGUGGACGUGGACGUGGAGGUGGACGUGGACGUGGACGUGGACGUGGAUAUGGACGUGGACGUGGACGUGGACGUGUACGUGGACAUGGACGUGUAUGUGGACAUGGACGUGGACAUGGACGUGGACGUGGACAUGGACUUGGACGUGGACAUGGACGUGGACGUGGACAUGGACGUGGACAUGGACGACUUGGACGUGGACAUGGAAGUGGACGUGGACGUGGACGUGGACAUGGAUGUGGACGUGGACGUGGACAUGGACGUGGACAUGGACGUGGACGUGGACGUGGACAUGGACGUGGACGUGGACGUGGAGGACUUGGACGUGGACAUGGACGUGGACGUGGACGUGGACGUGGACAUGGACGUGGACAUGGACGUGGACGUGGACGUGGACGUGGACGUCGACAUGGACGUGGACAUGGACGUCGACGUGGACAUGGACGUGGACGUGGACAUGGACAUGGAUGUGGACAUGGACGUGGACGUGGACGUGGAGGUGGACGUGGACGUGGACGUGGACGUGGAUAUGGACGUGGACGUGGACGUGGACGUGUACGUGGACAUGGACGUGUACGUGGACAUGGACGUGGAAAUGGACGUGGACGUGGACAUGGACUUGGACGUGGACAUGGACGUGGACGUGGACAUGGACGUGGACAUGGACGACUUGGACGUGGACAUGGAAGUGGACGUGGACGUGGACGUGGACAUGGAUGUGGACGUGGACGUGGACAUGGACGUGGACAUGGACGUGGACGUGGACGUGGACAUGGACGUGGACGUGGACGUGGACGUGGAGGACUUGGACGUGGACAUGGACGUGGACGUGGACGUGGACGUGGACAUGGACGUGGACAUGGACGUGGACGUGGACGUGGACGUGGACGUCGACAUGGACGUGGACAUGGACGUCGACGUGGACAUGGACGUGGACGUGGACAUGGACAUGGAUGUGGACAUGAACGUGGACGUGGACGUGGACAUGGACAUGGACGUGGACGUAGACGUGGACGUGGACGUGAACAUGGACGUGGACAUGGACGUGGACAUGGACGUGGACGUGGACAUGGACGUGGAAGUGGACGUGGCACGGACGUGGACGUGGACGUGGACGUGGUCGUGGACAUGGACGUGGACGUUGACGUGGACAUGGACGUGCACAUGGACGUGGACAUGGACGUGGACAUGGACGUGGUCGUGGACAUGGACGUGGACAUGGACAUGGACGUGGACGUGGACGUGGACGUGGACGUGGACAUGGACGUGGACGUGGACGUGGACGUGGACAUGGACGUGGACGUGGACGUGGACAUGGACGUGGACGUGGACGUGGUGGACUUGGACGUGGACAUGGACGUGGACGUGGACAUGGACGUGGACGUGGACGUGGACAUAG